AGAACAUUGACAUUUUUCUCCUGACAUAAAUGUGAACACAAACAGGAGGAUAAAUUUAGAAAGCACAAAACAAAACACGUUGAUCUCCCUGGGGAAAAAAAACAUUUUACAGCUGUCAGAGUGAUGCCAAUGUCCGCUCAUUGACUUCACGGUGUUUCGGCGGUGCGGAUUGUGAAUGGCCCUUGUAUCGACUUUUUCAAUUGUGAUUGGUCAGUAUGCUCAGCGAUGUCGAUUGUGAUUGGGCAAGCCGGUUUUCCCUCCUACUACUACACGCUAAGUAAGUGCGUACAACAACAACAACUCCCCGUGGUUGUCCAUGCAUCUAUUUAACUAGCAUAGGACGGCUUUAAAUACAACAUUUACGAAGGGAGUUUAGUUUCGACUCAAAGGAUUUUUUCUGUUUUUCUGAUAAUGUCAAUUUAGCGACUUUAUCCGCAACAACAAAGUGACUUCUACCGUUAGUAGAGAGCUAAAAACAGCUAGCCCGCAAAGUCCUUUAAACUAAGGACAGCAUGUAAAGAGCCAUUAUCAACAAAAGGUGAACGGUGUUCAGCUCUAAAAUUAGACUUUAAGUUCAUCUGUAGCUGUUAUUAUCUCCGAGUGAACUUUGCUUUAUUGUCAGCCGACGACCUUAGCCCCACUUGUCACAGCUGCGGACGGUCACCGGCAUGUUUCCGUUAGACUCGCCGUGGAACAUCUCGUUUGCUGGUUGCGGUUUCCUCGGUAUCUACCAUGUCGGUGUGGCCAGCUGUCUGCUGGAGCAGGCUCCUUUUCUGGUGCAAAACGCCAGGCACAUAUACGGGGCAUCGGCUGGAGCUCUCACUGCCACUGCUCUGGUCAGUGGAGUGUGUCUCGGAGAGGCUGGUGCAAGUAUCAUCGAUGUUGCCAAAGAGGCGAGGAAGCGAUUCCUCGGACCCAUGCAUCCUUCCUUUAACUUGGUGAAGAUCGUGCGUCACAUGCUGCGGCGCACUCUGCCAGCUGAUUGUCACCAUCGGGCCAGUGGCCGGUUAGGGAUCUCUCUCACCCGAGUGACCGAUGGAGAAAAUGUCCUGGUAACUCACUACAACAACAAGGAGGAGGUGGUUCAGGCAUGUGUCUGCAGUGCCUACAUCCCAGUAUAUUGUGGCCUUAUUCCUCCCACACUGCAAGGAGUGCGAUAUGUCGACGGAGGAAUCUCAGACAACCUGCCCCAGUACGAGCUGAAAAACACCAUCACUGUGUCCCCAUUCUCCGGAGAGAGCGACAUCUGCCCCCGAGACACCUCCACCAACAUACACGAGCUGCGAUUCACUAACACAAGCAUCCAGUUCACUCUCACCAACCUCUACAGAGUCUCCAGAGCUCUCUUCCCUCCAGACCCAAUGAUCAUGAAGGCCAUGUGCAAACAGGGAUACAAAGAUGCUCUGCUCUUCUUAAAGAGGAAUGGAUUACUUAACUUCAACGGUCCUCUCAAAGACAGACCCCUGCUCGCUAAUGGAGAGGAGAAUGAGGACUAUAAUGACGAUGAGGCAGAGGAGGAAAAUAAAAGUGAUGAAGAGGACGAAAAGCCACAAAUGGAAGAAAAAGCAGUGAUGGUUCAUUCCAGUUCCUCAAUAGAGGAGCAUAUCAUGGAACACCUUCCACCCACCCUGCACAAAGCUCUAGUCGAAGCCUGCAUGGAGAGGAGGAGCCUGGCACAGUCGCUAGGCAACCUGCUUCCUGUCAGGAUGGCCUCAGCCAUGAUGCUUCCCUACACUUUCCCCCUGGAGUCUGCUAUGUCCUUGACUCUCAGACUUCUGGAGUGGCUGCCAGAUGUGCAGGAAGAUGUGGGAUGGAUUCGUGAGCAGGUAUUUAAAAUCCUGCAGCAUGUUCUGCGCCAGGCCUCCAAAAGCAUUUCUCAGCAUGUAUCUGCCAGGUUUUCCUGUCAGCUGGAGCUGCACCACUACCAGUCCCUCCCAUCCCAGUUCAGCUCCACCAGCCUGUUUCCCACCUGGGUGAACGAGAGAAGUUCUUCAGUUCAGGAUGUCUUCAUGCGUCUCGACCAGUACAAGAGACAGCUGCUGUCUGGAGUGCUGUGCAUCAACAUGGACCUGCAGGGCUCCUUCGAAACUGGACCCAUGUCAUCAAAUCAGAGCUCCUCAUCCAUCCUCUCCGAAGACGGCCUCACAAUGCACGCAGGUUGUCUUAAUAUUCCAAAUGCUGCCAACUCUGGAGACACCAUCAGCUCCUAAGAGCUUUUGGAAGAUUUCUGCUGCAGGUGCUGAGGUUCAUCAUGUACUUUUUCUAGAUCCAACAUUCAUUUGAAACAUUCAAAAAGAAUUUUAAUCAGAUUUAAAAAUCUGUUUCUAUCCUGAUGUUUAGAUACUUUUAAGUUAGCAGGAAGGUUUAUGUAAUCUAACCAGUCUUUUUACAUAGUUGACAGAAAUGGUAGUAAUUUACCAUAUUUACUCUUACCUACUGUGAAUUCAGUAUUUUUUACUGAAACAAGACAAUGAAAUAAGUCUUUAGCUGCAGUAGAAUCAGGCAAGCCCUUAGGCACAGUAUGCCUGUAGGCCCACAGAAGUGCAUUUAAACUUAGCACAUGCACCCACCAACAGUCAUGUACAAACUUGAAUUACAGGAUGUUACAAACAAAAAUGUGCACUUGAAGUAGCAUGGUUAAAAUAGGAGAGUGUUCAUGUUUUUAGUGGAAUGCAGUCAGACCAGUAGUUAAAACAGCGUUAUGAAACUCUAAAGUCACUUCUGCUAGACAGGCAGAGAGGGACUGGAAAAGGGAAAAUCUGUUUGUUACAGGUAGUUACUCCAUUUAUUAUAUGCAAAUGUCAAUGCAUUAUUGAGGAAAGCAAAACACUGUCUUUAUGUUUUUAUGUUUGUUUUAAUGUCAGUGUCUUAUGUCUUUACAGUUAUUUAUAUGAGGGAUACAAAACUGCUUUGCUCUUUUAUCCCAAUCAUAGAAAUCUGUCAUCUUGAUUUACUUGCAUGUAUGUUACAACUCUUUUAGGUUUCAAUUGAAAUCUAGAUUUUGUUGGAUUUCUUCUUUAAAAAUCUUCUGAACAAUGAUUUUGAUGUUAUUACAAACUUUUAAUGCAUACACAAAAAUGUCAUUUUCUAUCAAUCAAAGAAUCUUUUUAAUCUGAAUUGCACUUUCUUAUUUGAUGUCACUGUAUGACAUCAGAAAAAGGUCUUAGGUAAUAACCUACCUGUUUAAACACUUCUCUCAUACUGAGUACUAUCUGUCUGAUCAAGCCCCAACUUGUGCCUUAAAUGUCAAUAAAACAAUUGCUAAGUGAAUUUAACAUAUUGUCAAAAUGUUGCAGGGAAAAUAUUUUGGGAUUAUUAAAUAAACUGGUGUUGUUUAAUAUUAA